CAAAAAUGGUGUACUAAUUUGUUCACGGGGCUGAAUUAUAAAUACGGCCUCAACCACAUGAGUGGAAAUGUCGGUCAACAACAAAUCAUUCUUUAAGUCGUCCAUAGCGCGUCCAUCAAUUUUACUCGUUCCUGAUAUAAUCACAAGACCCAAUAUGUUUUUCAACUACCUCUUCGCCGCCACCCUUCUCACAUCAGUGACUGCAGUUCCGCAGUUAACCGCAACACCUAAUAACUUUACAAAGUUUUUCCAGGAUAGCGACUACUCUUGGAAUGUGACAGAUUGGACCGCAAGAUAUGAAAACUUUAGAACCAGUGCGACAUAUUGUAAGGAACCAAUCAAGGAAACCGCAACUAUCUACAAACUAAUAUCGAUUGCAGCAUUCAAUAUUCAGGGACCCGACUUUGGCCCCAACCCGAUAGUUCCUAAAUUCAAUGCGACUUGUAGUGGGAAGGACGAAGGCGGCAAAAUGGCCCCAUGCACAUUCACAGACAGCGAUGCGAAACCCGAAAGAAAUGUUUCUGCGAGGUUGAUGCCCCAGGAUCAAUUUGAACCAUUUGAGAGGGCUCGGAUCGUAGUUAGCUACCAAUUCAGAGAUACAGCAAAUUCAUCGUAAGUCCAGUACUUGAAUUCGUCUAGGCAGGGAAACUAAUAACAUGUAGAAUUGUCUGGAGAAUCACAAAUGGGCCUACUGAAGCCCUAUUCUUUAAAGCUAAUCAAACUUUCACUAUUGAUAAUAUUGAAGAAGUUUCUGAGGGGGACAAGUUUAUUGGUUAAACUAAAUACAAG